GUGGACUUCAUAUCCCAGGUUGCUGUAUGGCGCGGGGUCAGGCUGAGAACCCCUAACUCUCCCCUCCUCUCGUCCUCUGAAGGCAGCGGAGGAACUUCAUCGGCUGCUCCCGAGCAGCGCGGCCGGCCGGGAGUCUCAGGCUGUCGGUGCGUAUUUGGGGAGACGGACGGGAGGUGCGGAGCAGACCGCUGGUGACCUGAACUUCCUUCCCCCUCUGGCUGCUUCUGUCAAAACCUUGCACAUUCAGCAUAAUGCCCCACUCCUCCCCCACCGGCAAACCAAGUGAGACCACUCCGAAGCCGCAGCGGGAGCUAGGAGCGGACGCAGCGUGCAAGAUACGGACUUUGCGCCCGAUCUGAGCGUUGCACUCUGCGGAGAGACGGACAGACCGUCUGGAUGUGCAGCAGCAAGAUUUUCUGCUUUCCCGAAGGUUUCUGGAUCCAAAUGUCAAGCCAGAAAGAAUCUUUGUCACUCAGGAACCAGCAGUGUGUGACGUGAAAGGGAAAGGAAUUGAAAAAGAGGACAUCCAGUGAUGAGUCUCCAGUGUGUUGUACAUGGCUCUGUCAGUGUUGAGUGCCAUGAAAAGAGUUCUACCCGGUGCUAAAAGAGGAGAAAUAGUGAAAAUAUGCUGCUUCUUCACUUAUGUGUCCCAGCUCAAUGAUGGAAUGGUGAAGGAAUCAUAUUGUUUAAUGUGACCUCUGCUUUUGUGUUGGGAAGCUUAGGACAACUAAUCACCAAGGGAUUACUCAAGACCUUCAUCAGCACCAGUCUGGACACAGUGGUGUUCUUGAGCCAACAGCCAAAAUGUAAUGACUAUUCUAUUGGAAUUUUCAAAUUGCAGUUUCUUAUAAUUUUUGUCUUUGAUUUGGUUUCUGUAUUUUUGGGAUCAUUUGAAAAUGGAGAUACAGUGGCGUUUAUGGAAUAAGGACUUGGCGCACUUCAUAAGGCCGUGGAUACCUAUACUGUUAGGCCUUCACCUCCAGUUCUCCCGGGCCUCCAACUGUCCCGAGGAGUGCCGCUGUGAUCGCACCUUCAUUUACUGCAACGAGCGGAGCCUGACCUCAGUGCCUCUGGGAAUCGGUGAAGGUUAUAAGACCCUCUACCUCCACAAUAACCAAAUCAACAACGCUGGGUUUCCCUUGGAGCUCCACCAUGUGGCUUCUGUGGAGACUGUAUAUCUCUAUGGCAACCAGCUGGAUGAAUUCCCCAUUAACCUUCCCAAAAAUGUGCGGGUUCUCCAUCUGCAAGAGAAUAACAUUCAGACUAUCUCCAGAGUGGCUCUGGCUCAGCUUCUUUUUCUUGAGGAACUGCAUUUGGAUGAUAACUCCAUUUCUACAGUAGGGGUGGAGGAAGGGGCCUUCCGUGAGGCGGUGAGCCUGAAGUUGCUCUUCCUCACCAAAAACCACCUCAGCAGCGUGCCUAUUGGUCUACCAGAUGAUUUAAAAGAGUUGCGAUUGGAUGAGAACCGGAUUGCAGUUAUUGCAGAGGAAGCAUUUAAGAACGUCACCCGCCUAGAGCGUCUCCUCCUGGACGGAAACCUGUUGACAGACGAAGGGAUUGCACCAGGGACCUUUCAGGACCUGGUCACUCUAAGGGAGCUGUCCCUGGCCCGCAACUCGCUCACAUACCCUCCCCCUUUCCUACCCAGGGAGGUGCUCAUCAAGUUAAACUUUCAGGAAAAUCAAAUAAACCGGAUCCCUGUCAGAGCAUUUGCAGGGUUGCAUAAGCUGGAGAGGUUGGAUAUUUCAAACAACCAGCUGCAGUCAUUGACACAGGGAGUCUUUGAUGGCCUCAUCAGUCUCAGACAGCUCACUGUUCGCAACAACCUUUGGCUGUGCGACUGUAGUAUCAAAUGGGUUGUGUCAUGGCUUAAAUCCCUGCCAACCGCGCUUAAUGUGCGUGGUUUUAUGUGCCAUAAACCUGAAAAGUUCCGGGGUAUGGUGAUCAGGGAGCUGAGUGCUGAGCUGGUCCAGUGCCCACAGAGCACAGUGACAGGACCUCUGUACACCUCACCAGCUGAGUCUGCUCUGACCCCAUCCCUGUCAUCUUCCACAGACUCCCCUUUAGUCACUCAGAACGUUUCGUCCUCAUCCAGACACCCCAUCCCCACAUUACCCACCCUCUACCCUAUCUAUACAACUAGAGAGGGGGGGUUGAGGACUAAGCGACCUCUGGAUCCCCGGAGGGAGACUGUGCAGGUCACAUUUGCCAUACUGAAUGGCUCUGCUAUCCAUGUCAGCUGGGUGGCUGCCUUUCCUGUCACUGCCUACAAGGUGACCUGGGCCAGAAUGGGUCCCAGUCUGACAGGGGACACAGUCAGGGAGAGGAUAGUGGGUGGGGAUCACCGGGGGAUCCGACUGGCUAAUCUAGAGCCAAAGUCCACCUAUCGGAUAUGUGUCAUUCCCUUGGAUGCAUUCAAUAAUUACCGGCCCAAAGAUGAUACUGUGUGCACUGAAGCCAUGACCACACCUGCCCUGUUCAGCCCUGACAACAACAAAAGACCAUCAGGGCCUGAGCAGGCCACACAACAAGAACCAAGCUCGCCUUUCUUGCUGGCUGGGCUGAUUGGUGGGGCCGUGAUUGUGGUGCUGGUCGUUAUCCUCAGUAUUUUUUGCUGGCACAUGCACAAGAAGAGCCGCUCAAAGUCCUCUGCCAAGUGGAAAUACAACCGGGGUCGGAGAAAAGACAACUAUUGCGAGGCAGGCACAAAGAAAGAUAAUUCCAUCUUGGAAAUGACUGAGACCAGCUUCCAGAUAGUCUCACUCAACAAUGAGCAGCUCCUCAAGGGAGAUUUUCGCAUUCAGCCUAUUUACACCCCUAAUGGGGGCAUUGGCUUCCGAGACUGCCCCCUGGGGAACAACAGCACAGUCUACUGCAAGAACAAUGUUCAAGAUGCAGACUUAAGUCAGACAUGAUGGUUUUGGAGAGCAUCAGGAGCAUUUUUAUGGACUAUCCACAAUUUACUGGACACUGUACAGUGUUAAUAUUAUUUGAAACCUCUGUGUCUUCAAGAAAUGUAAUUUAUACAACUAGCUGGAUGAUAUCUUUUAUACAACAAGUUUGGAUAUAUAAGUUAUUGGUUUUUGGAGUUGUGCUGUUUGAGUUCUGUGUGCACAGACAUGUACAAUCAGGAUUCAUUUAUAUCUACGUAUUAAGGCUUGGUUUUUGAUUUUCAGUGAUAGUGAAUGAUUUUGAAGUCAUUGUAUACUGUGACCAUAACUGAUACAAAAUCCUCACUGUAGCUUCAGUGCAUCGUAAGAAUACUGAGAUCAGCUAGUCUGAAUGAGAGAAGGAGAAAAGAGACAGGCACACAUCAGCCACAAUCACCACUAGAGGGCAUAUGUUUCUGGAAACCAUGCUGUUAAUCAUACUUCCUUUUUUAAGUCAAAUCAUCAUAGUAAUAUGGCACAUUGCUUAACUGCAACUACACUAACUAGUGAUGCAGAUUAUUAGAUUGCUGCUCUAGGAAGAGGCCACACUUUUAUGCAAAUGGAAUUUCUCUUUGCUCCAAAAGGAAAUUUAAAGGUCACACACAUUUAACAUUCACAGAAAGUGACAGGACACAGUGCUUUCACCUGCUUUUCAAGAUUAAUUCAUUAUCCCAGAUAAGGGGUCACGUUAUGAGUAUUAGCUGUGUUUGAUGGUGGGUGUCAGAGUGAGCAGCAAAAACAGCAAAAAAGCACAUCAGGCAUCUAUUGUAUGUUAAAACCAUUAUGAACUCUUUCACUUUUGUUCAGCAAA